AUGUUCUAUGCCGGCAUCGAAGUCUCCGCGAAACAGAUGGUGACGCAUGCUCCCUUUCCGAGCGCCAGAGACGAGCAAAGCUCUUAUUUAAACACAAAUUACGAACAACGAAUAAAAUUAAAUAUUUUACAACGAACAGGUACGCCUUCGAUGGCUCAGUUUACGCGGCAGAGGAAACGAGAGUCUUUGGAAGAAAUGUCUGAGAACAAUGGUGUACAUAUGGAAUAUUUAGAAGAACAUUACGCAAGUCCUCGCGGCGCCGUUGGCGGUUGCAGCACCCCCGGCAGUAGAGUGGAUCCCUGGUGGAAUCCUGGUUCCCUCUUCCCCUCGACCCCUGGGCCCCCAAGGAUCGACGAGGGGGCACCGGAUAACGGUAGCGGUGGUUUUCAGUUUUGUAGUCCACCGAAUCGUAGCUUGAAUAGCCCGUCGCAGCCGUCGCAUCAGCAACACCACCACACGAAUCCACGGCAUCAGUCGCACCAUCAGCAAAAUCAGUCGCACGCGGGCAGAUACGUUUGUCCGAACUACGGUAUCGGGCCGAUCUCGUCCUCUUCGUGCUCGUCGUCGAGCCUCGGUCACGCGGACACGGUAGCGCGAGGCGCUGAUGCCGUAGGCUCGCCGACCAGCGCGUACGGCAUCGCCUCGUCGUCGCCGGAGCCCUGUUCGCCGAGCAACCUGAUACUAUCCGCGUUGCUGACGACCACGUCCACCGCGGACGGCAACGGUCAGGGUACGCGAAACGCACCGCCGACGACCAGCCACGGGAACGCGUUAGGGUCGACCACCGCGACCUCCCUGGCACCAGGUCACGCGCGCGGCCUAGGCAGCUGCGCGACGUCGGCUGAUUCCUUAAACGGAAUCCUAUCGUCUCUAAACGUGCGGAUCAAGACGGAGGAAUACUCGAAAAUACGUACGGAGGAACGAAGAGCGACAAACGCUACACUCUCGUCAGCGUCGUCGUCGCUAUCUUCGUCCUCGACGUCCGCCUUCAACACGUCGCUGCUGAGCUCGUUGCUCUCCACUUCGCGGAUCUCGACGGGUCCCUGCAGGCCCGACAACGACGAGGACCUGCUCGCCCGGUCGUGCAUCAAGCUCGAGUACCCGUCGCCGGACGCGCACCAGACGCAGGAACAGGACGAGCAGACCGUGGUGCGCAGCAUCAAGGUCGAGUACCCGCUCAGCCAGUCGUCCCAGGACGUGCUGGACGAGGAAGAGGAGCUAGCCGCCACGUCGCCAUACGACAUAAUCGCCGGGACUCCCAGCAGGUGUUUGCAGAAGCAGCCCGGUUGCGGUAAGAGCCAGACGGGCUCGUUGGUGAAGGACGUCGUCGUGCCACCCUGUCAGACCGUCGUGUCGCCGACCUCGGACAUCGUGAUCGACAUGAAGUACGAAAGCCAGUCAGGCCCGCCGACAGCGCCCCCGCAUCUGACGUCUUCCGGGGUGGAACCGCCUCAUAGCAGCCAAGGGACGGGGAUCGUCGUCGGCGGAUCGCCGGCCGAGGUGGUCGGCGUGGACAGUUUGCUCCUGUCGCCGUGGGGCGCCACGGGACCCGACUUCCUCGAGCCACCCGACGUCAAGCAAACGGCAGCUGGUCUGCAGGAUGCGUGGGACACUCUAUUGCUCGGCUCGUCGGUCGGCGUGACGUCCGCCCAGUCGUUGGCGGAGCUGAAGCCUCUGCCACCGUUCACGGGGUACACGGGACACCUGAGCAUCAACGGGAUACCCGGUCACCAUUAUCACACGAUAGCCUCCUCCGCGCAGAGGCCCUCGCUACCCUCCUCGUCCCCCACCUCCUCCUCGAAUCAAGAGUAUUACGAGUCGCCGGUGGUGUCCUCGAGCACGCCUUGCCCGCAGGGCAGUCAGAAGCAACAGCAACAGCAGCAGCAGCAACAGCAGCAACACCACCAGCAUCAGCAGCAGCAGCAACAACAACAACAGCAGCAACAGCAGCAUCAUCAUCACCAACAGCAGCAGCUGCCGCAGUCGACGCAGCAGGUCGAUUACGACAUCGAGGACAUCGCGGAGAUCAUCGGCUCGGCGAUAGCCGAUACCACGGUGCCCGGGGGUGGGAACGGGGCUGGUUCCGAGCACGAUCCCGACGCGUCGCGCGAUUGGAUCGACAUCGCCGAGUGGAUAGACACCGCGUGCUCGCCGAAGGCGCAGGAGACCACCUCGCCUAGCCCUUACUCCCAGAUAUACGCGACGGCGACGCCGUCGUCGCAGGCGCAGCAGCACGGCUCGACCUUGCAGAGCUUACUGACGCACGGCUACGCGCCGUUGCUGAACGCCAGGUUGCAGUCGGCCAACGCUGGCUUGCAGAACGCGUCCUGCGGCGAGACACCCUCCUCGACGAGCCCCUAUCCGCCCGUCAGCCCGCCCGGCAGAGUCUCCACCUCCUGCAGCCCCGAUCACCUGUUGCACUCGUCGUUCGCGGCGCCCUCGCACCCCAGGAAGAGGUCACGACCGACCCCGGGCUCUCAGAAUCCCUCGAAGAAGAGCCCGAGCACAGGCGCGACCGCGCUACCCUACGGAACGGAGUCAGGGCUGAUAGGAGGCAAAGAGAAACCGGUGCACAGGUGUUCCAUCUGCAACAGAGGGUUCCUGAACAAGAGCAACAUCAAGGUGCACCUGAGGACCCACACCGGCGAGAAACCGUUCAGGUGCGAGGUGUGCGGCAAAGCGUUCAGACAGAAGGCCCAUCUGAUCAAGCACCAGCAGAUACACAAGAGGAUCGGUAGGGAUUAG